AAUCCAAUGUAAAUUCUUUGUCUCAUCGAUCGAUUUUUGUUUUGUUAUUGUUUUUUCUUUCAAUUUUUUUUAAUCCUGUGAAAAAAAUUAAUUUAUUUCAUAAAGAAUAAAAUAUUCAGUUGGAAAAUUUUCAUCAAAUAUGACAAAAUUUAGCAUUAAUGAAAGAUUGAAUAAUCAACAGAAUCCUAAUCAAAAUCCUAUUAACAAUGGUAAUUGUAUCAUUCACACAACCACCAAUCAUCAACAACGAGAAAAUAAUAUCAACAAUAGCAAUUCUGUUGAUGAAAAUAAUGUUGUUUGUGUUGAAUCUCCAUCAUUAUCAUCAUCAUCUUCAGUAACUGUUGCUUCUACAAUGGCUCCUGUUUCAAGCAUCAUCAAUGUUAAUAAUAAUACAAGUACAUCGUCGUCAUCAUCAUCUACGUCGACAUCAUCAUCAUCGUCAUCAUCAAUGAUGGCAAACAUGAAGAUGUUAAUGAUGAAAAAUAAUCAAUCAUCAUCGGCAACAUCAACGUUGUCAUCACCAAUGAUUUUACCGUUAUUGACCACAACAUCCACAACUAACACGGCUACAGAUUUGACUAAUAAUAAUCGCAUGUCAUCAAUAAUGUAUAAUAAUAACAAUCAUUAUCCUCAUAAUCAUACGAUAUUUCAUCAAGGUGAUUCAAGAAAUUUAUCUAAAAAUCUUUCGUUUCAUCAACCACAACAACCGUCAACAUUCUGUCCACAAUCAAUGAUGAUGAUGAAUGAAACAAUGUCAAAUAUGAACAAUUCGCUUACCAAUAAUAAUUGGCGUGAUGAAGCUGAUGGUAGUGAAGAGGAUCGAAUGAUACGUUUUAUAUCAAUACCUAUUACACAGUCUAAAGGACCAGAUUCAACAACAUCAAAUACCGCUAUUGUUCAUCAUCAAAAUCCACAACGACUAUCAAUGGAAAUGAACACGAAUAAUGAUAAUAGUGUUGAUGAUUUAGAUGAUAAUCAAAAUAAUGAUAAUAACAAUGAAAAUGAACAUCAUCAGAAUAUUCCAUUUUUUAGUGGUAAUAUUGUAUCUUCCACAAUGAAUUCUAACGAUAAUAUUGGUCAUCAUCAAAUAAAUAUGGCCAAUAUCAAUACCAAUAACAAUAAUCAAAAUCGUACUAAAAAAAUUUUAAAUCGUAAUGCUCAAAAUCCACAGCCACAACAACAGCAGAUACAACAGCAAGAAUUUUAUGUUAAUCGAAUUGUUGAUCUAAUGGAUUCAUUUAAAAAAUUACUCAAAUCCUCUCCAACAUCAAAUAUUCAACAGCCGCAACAGCCUGAAGAUCAUCAAAGAUCAACGAUUUUUAACAAUAAUAAUAUUAAUAAUAAUCGAAGAACUUUAAAUGAUUCGGAUAUUUCAACUAGAGAAAAAGUAUCGUUUCAAUCGACGAAUAAUAAUAAUCAUCGUCCAUCACCAUUACAAACAUCUACAAACAAUGAUGUGAAACUGAAUAAAACAUCAAAUUUCAAUUUUUAUUUACCAUCAACUAGUACUUCGAAUCCAUCGACAUCAUCAUCCUAUCGAUUCAACAAUAAUAACAGACAAAAUAUUGACGAAACAAUAAUUAAUAAAAAUCAACAAGGCCAAAAACAGUUUAAUAAUUGUAAUAAUUUUCGUCACGGCUAUAGCCGUUUUCAAUCGGUACCAAACAAUCCAUUAGAUGAACAAUUCAAUUUAAUCAAUAAUUUUUCGCAACAAAUUCAUUCAAAUCCAUUGGAAACAAUUGAUUCUUCAUCAAAUCAGGGUGCUAAUUUUAUUGUUGAUACAUCAUCACCAUUCGAUAACAAUUAUUUCAAACAAAUCAAUCAACAAGUGUAUCAGCUGUUAAUGUUGCAAAAUUAUCAAAUUAAUCAACAACAUCAAUUGAUAAUGGCAUGGAUCGAAUGUCAACAGGAAUGGCUUCGAUUACAACAAUCAUCAACAAAUCAAUCAGCUGCAGCUACAGUGAAUGAAUCGAAUAAUUUGGUUGAUCAAAUCGAUUGUCCGCCAUCUUCGCCUUCGAUUAUUAAUCAUACAUUGAAUAAUCAAACCGUACCUGGUGUACGUGCAAAUAAUUUCUUGGAUAAUUUUCGUAGUCAAUCAUUUCAGAAUAAAUUACAAACAUCGACAAACUUAUCAUCAUCACAACAACAGCCAAGCAAUCAAUAUCCACUAUUUGCGAAUCGUGAAAAUUUUCAAACGACAAAUGGCAAUGUUGCCUGUAAUCAUCUUUGUCAAAGUGUUUGUAAUAAAAAUUCUCGUUCACAUUCGAUUGCUGGUUUUACUACCGAUUCAAAUCUAAUUUUCGGUCACAGUAGUAGCCACAAUAAUGAUAAUAAUAGAUGUAAGAAUCAAUUGAAAAAUAAUUUGAUUAAUACAUCACCAUAUUUAUCACCUCAUCAUCAUUAUCAUCGUCUUCAUUCACAACAAAAUCAACGUCUAAAUAAUUCAAAUGUUGAUAAUCAACAUCUUCGAAAUCGUACCAACAAUGCUGAUAUGAAUGAAAGAAAAUUAUCAAAGUUAAUUUCAAUGGUAGAAAAAUUGGUACAUUCAAAUAAUGAUGGUUCAAAUUUGAAUGAAUUGAAACGUAAAAAAACUAGCAAUAUUGAUCCGGCUAAUUUGCCAAAUUUACGUGAAGAUGCCUGUGAAUGUGAUCUAGAUGUUGGUUAUGCUGAUCCUAAUGAUGAUAGCGAUGAAGAUGAUGAUGACGAAACCAUUCAAAAUCGUUCAAAUCAAGAUGAAUCCACUAAUUUUCAUCAUAUUUAUCAACAAUCAUCUUCUUCAUCAUCCACCGAUUUUAUUGUUGGUGAUAAUGGACAAAGAAAAAAUGAAAUUUUAAAAAAUAAUUCAAAAACAACAAAUUCAGAAAUUAUCCGUCCAUUAAUGCCGGCUGAAGGUCGUUCAGCAACAGAACCACAACCACCACCAUUCAAACCAUUAAAAUUACCAAUAAUGUUGUCCACAUUGUCAUCAUCACCAUCAACUUCAUCGUCGUCACAACAAAAAACUUCGAAUCGUCCUCCAAUUACUGGGAACGAUUCCUCUACCGAUACAUUCGUAAUUAAUAAGAAACCGAAUAAAAUGCCAUCAUCAAUGACAAAUGGAGAAAAUUCGGACGAAAAUUCAUCAAAAACUGUUAUCGAUUCUUCAUAUAAAAACCAUGAUAAAUUGAGUAAUGGAAAUUUGGCUGUAGAUGAAAUCGAUAAAAGUCGAUCAAAUUUAUCAGUUUCUAAUGAUCAUAAAUCAUUUCUUCAAAAAAUUAAUUUGGAUAGGUCUAAAUCAUUAUCAUCAUCAUUGGCAGAUUCAUCGAAUGGAAAAAAUGAAUCUAAAAAAUCGGAUGAUAAUAACGAUACUGGUAAACCAUCACACAUUAAUGAUCAAAAUCAACGAAAUGGUCAUGAUGUGAGCAGUAGCAGUGAUGAAGACGAAGAUGAUGAUGAUAAUGAUGGUGGCAAUGAUCAACGUAAUGAAGAACAGCAACCACAAUCACCACCACAACAUCAGGCUGAUAUUCGUAUUCAUGUGGUUCCAAUGGUUGCCAACGGAAAUGCUAAUGAAGUUCGAACAUCCGUACGUCUUAGUGGUGAUGGUGAACAAGGAUUGUGAAAAGAAUCAAUUUGUUUUUAUUUAAAAUCUGCAUAUUUUAAUGUGGAUUUUUAUUUCGAAAAAAAAAUUAAUUUCACAUGAUGUUCAAUCGAUUACAAUUUCACAU